AACCCCACUCGCGACGCAAAGUGCAGAGCCCUUCGCCUUUUCCGCCCGCGCUGCUGCGGCGGAAUCCAUCUCCGAUGGCGAUUCCGGCGGAGGUGCGCCGCUACUGGCUGCCCAUCCUCCUCUCCGCCGCCGGAUUCCUCUUCCAGCUCCUCGUCCUGCCCCACUCCUUCCCGCCCACCCACUACGACGCGCUCGGGAUCGAGAGGUUCGCGCCGGUGGAGAGGGUGGUGGAGGCCUACGAGCUGCUCUCCAAGGAGUGGCUCGCUGAAACAAAUCAACAAACAACUGCUGAUAUUAUUAAGAUCCGUUAUGCAUAUGAGCUGUUGACAAAUCCAAUUUUGAAAAGGGAUUAUGAUCUUUUUGGUCUGGACCAUCAUAAGAAUGUCCUCGAGAAAGUCAAAGAACAGUAUCAAAAAGAGCACUUUCUGAAAAUAGAUCUCCCCUUGUUAAAAGAUUCUUCAGUUUACUCAACUGAUUACGCCGUCAAUGUACUGACCUACGAGUCAUUCAUGCAUACUAUUGCUCAAGAACACCCAUUGCUCAUAAUGGUGUAUUCAAAGGGUAGUCCUCGCUGUGCUCAAUUUAUUGAAUACUGGAAACAAAUUGGCAAUCGACUGGAUGGUGUAGCAAACACUGCUAUGGUAGAACUUGGUGAUGUGCAACUAACUGGUCAUUUUGCAGAACAAAGGUUCUCUAAACAACCAUUUUUCCGUAAUGGUCUACCCACUCUUGUUGCAUAUCCUUCAAACUGCAGAAGUCCAUCCUGUUACAUGAGGUACCCAGGUGAGCUUCUUGUGGAUUCGGUUGUUGACUGGGUGGCAACGUCAGUUAUUGGUUUACCUCGUAUCUUGUACUAUUCCAAGGAGACAUUGGGCCCCCAGUUCAUCGGGAAGAGCAGUCAUCAUAAGGUCAAGGUUAUCUUUUUUUCAAGUACUGGGGAACGUGCUGCUCCAUUCCUUCGCCAAGCUGCCCAAGAGUAUUCGACCUAUGCAUCAUUUGCAUUUGUCUUAUGGAAAGAAGAUGAAUCCCAGAUUUGGUGGAAUUCGUUAGGAGUGGAAUCAGCUCCAUCACUUGUUUUCUUGAAGGGACCAGGUGCCAAGCCUGUUGUAUUCCAUGGAACUUUUACCAAGUCAGAGUUCACAAAAAUAAUAGAGGAGCAUAAGCACCAAGAACUCCGACAGCUAAGAAGCGAUACAUCUUUGGAACUUGGUUGUGAUGCCAGAGGUUAUUCACGUGCUGGAAAUGACACGGCGAUUUGGUAUUGUGUAAUUGUUGCUGGUCGUCCUGGUGUAGAGCUAAGUAAAAGGAAACAGAUUUUGCGGAAGGCCCAAGACCAAUUAUUUAGUGAUGUUGACGCAAGUACUUCUGGGAGUAUGGAUAGUUCAGUUGUGGCAUCAAGUGCUGCAGCUGCCUUAAAAGAUGACAGGCUAACCUUUGUUUGGUUAGAUGGAGAAGUCCAGAAGAAACUUUGUGCCUUCUACCUUGCAACUGAUUACAGUGGAGCCUGUGGUCCUGGAGGUUUUGGAGAUGACAGUGAUAAAUCUGAACUGUUUAUUGUACGUUUUCAAAGAAAUGCAACAUAUGAGGCGUUGAAAGCUGAGAAAACGAAUAAUCUUAUGGAGGCUCUCCAAGGACAGCAUAUUCCUGAUGCCUCCCAGCUAGUGGCAAGGUAUAAAGGUCCGGACGAAAUAGAGGAGAUAAACAAAUGGAUUUCCCAGAUCAUCAAAGAUGGAGAUACUAGGGAAAUACCUUACUUUACUUCAAAGGUACCAGAUCUUGUGCCUGAGGAAACAAAUAAGGAAUGGCUAAAAAGUACCAAAAGUAUCCGCUCAGCAGGGAGCAGCGUAAAACACAGGAUUCAGAAUAGUGGAUUUCAUUUCAAAGAUUACCUGACUGACCCAAGGAUCGGUCCAGCUUUGCUUAUGUCUGCAUGCAUUUCAAUGGGAGUAAUAUGGUUCAAGAGCAACCAACCAACUCAGACCACUCCAGGGGGUGAAGCUCCUCCUAAAGACAAGACUAAGAGGCGUCGUCUUCGUCCGAAGCUGAGCACGUCACUGUUUGGCGAGCCCACGGAGUCUACCGAUCCUGAACCCAAAGACGCUCGUCAGUGGGAGAUGACCGACUCUGAUUCGGACUAGCGAGUUGAACCAUGUAUAACCAUCGAUAGGACUAGAUAAAAACGCUAAUCACACAUCAGAAAUCUGAAAAACAUCGACCAAUUGAUCUUUCGUGUAUCUACCUAGCUGCUUGGAAGUUGACAAAUCUGAUGGUAUCAGCUGGUGUUUCACUUUCACGGCUGACUACUUAUUUUGGUUUGAUCAAUUGUAGAACUGCGAAAAACAUAGUUUUGAUCCCUCUUAGCUUGAUAACUCUCUUUUUGUUAUCGUUCAAAGCUUGAUUGGAACAUGGGCCACAAAUUUACAGGUUCAAUAUAGAACGUAUCUGAAAGUUAUCAAUAGUAUUGAUCACUUUUUAGUUCAUGGGGGUAGAUAUUGCAUGUAUUGAGUGGGUGCUUAACAAAUUGAAGCUACAUUUUCCUUCAGCUUAG